AUGCUAGCGGUUCACAGAAGGAGGCUCACACAACGGCAGCUUUCCUUCAACAUUGAACUCUUUGUUCCUCGUCCUCACGGCAACGGCUCGUGGAAGCGAGGGGAUAGGUACGACAGUGAGGCGCGACAGGCGUACUCUGCCCUCAACACGGUCACGCUGCUCCGGACGGUCAAACCAGAGUUUGACAACUUCUCCCUGGAGGUCAAGAGAUCAAUUCAGAAAGCCGGACUACCGGACUGUGACGACUGUGAUAAUAUCAACAUGUUUGUGGAAGGGUUCCAUGAUGCAUUGCUGCUGUACGCCCUGGCGCUGCACGAAGCCAUCAGGAACGGCCUUACCAAGAAGGACGGAGCAGAGAUCACCUAUCGCAUGUGGAACAGAACAUUUGAAGGCAUCGCAGGUCAGGUGUCUAUGGACUUCAACGGGGACAGAUACGGAGACUUCUCUGUGAUGAGCAUGACCAACACAGAGGCAGGCACCUAUGAGACGGUGUGUAACUACUUUGGUGCCAACGAGAGUUUCCAGAUGCUUCCGGUGUUCAACUCUGAACUCUUCACACUGAAAGGACGGCACAGAGUGCACCACACAGACCUGCCAGACAAAUCAUGUGGACUAGGAGUAUCUGCUGUUACUGGGAUCGUAGUGGGAGCUCUGCUGGGGACUGCACUGCUCAUAGCCUUCUACUUCAUCAGGAAGAACUACACUAUAACCAUUGAGAGACGCGCCGCCAGGGAGGAACAUGACAUCGGGAAGCAUCGUCAGUUACGAGAAGAUUCUGUCAGAUCUACCUUCUCGGCGGCGUAGAGCAUCACUGAGUUCGUCUGUGGCUCCUGACGUUUCCAUUCCAGCGAAGCAUCAUGAGAAUGUGACCAAAGACUCGACCGCUGUCAGAGUACUCAUGCUAUUUAAAGAAAGACAUCAUGUCAUUGUUUUGUGUUUUUAAUUUUUGGGUGUUUUAACGUUUUGGAAUUUCAUUUUUCUCAGGAAAGUUAACCGUCACAAAGCACCACUUGCAUCUCGUCUCUGUAGAAGGAUAUAGGUGUGUAUUCUCCCCUUAAGAGGGCCAGCACGGAAGCAUUUAUAGUCUGUGCAAAUUGCUUUUAGUAAUUAUCAAGACCUUAGUAGUAUAACACUGCAUAGUUGUUAAUGUACAGGAUCGUGGGUGUGAAUGUAUUCAGAUAAUGGACGCUCUUGUGUCAUGAGACUUUGAAAAGGUUUUGGCCUGUUUGUCAGAAAAAAGCAUUUGCUCUCCAACCUGCUGUGUUUUAGUCAAACCUGAGAGGACUGGUUUUGAUCAGAUCAGAGGUAACUAGAAUAACAGUGAAGACGUCAAAACUAUGAAAUAACACAUAUGGAAUCAUGAAGUAAACAAAAAAGUGUUAAACAAAUCAAAAUAUAUUUUAUAUUUGAGAUUCUUCAAAGUAUCCACCCAUUGCCUUGAUGACAGCUUUGCACACUCUUCUCUCAACCAGCAUCACCUGGAAUGCUUUUCCAGCAUGCGAGUUCCCACAUAUCCUGAGCACAUGUUGGCUGCUUUUCCUUCACUCUGCGGUCCAACUCUUCCCAAACCAUCUCAAUUGGGUUGAGGUCGGGUGAUUGUGGAGGCCAGGUCAUCUGAUGCAGCACUCCGUCUCUCUUCUUCUUGGUCAAAUGGCCCUUAUACAGCCUGAAGGUGUGCUGGGUCAUUGUCCUGUUGAAAAACAAAUGAUAGUCCCACUAAUCACAAACCAGAUGGGAUGGCGUGUCACUACAGAAUGCUGUGGUAGCCAUGCUGGUUAAGUGUGCCUUAAAUUCUAAAUAAAUCACUGACAGUGUCACGAAAAAAAGCACCCCCACACCAUAACACCUCCUCCUCCAUGCUUCACGGUGGGAACCACACAUCCAGAGAUCAUCCGUUCACUUGUUUAUUGACCCAAGUAAAAGUCUGUUCUUUUUAUUGGUGUCCUUCAGUAGUCGUUUCUUUGCAGAUAUUCGACCAUGAAUGUCACAACUUCCGCCGAAGUCGGGUCCUCUCCUUGUUCGGGCAGCGCUCGGCGUCGUCGGUCUUACAGCCAUCAUCAAUUAACUUUUCAUUUUCCAUGUGUUUUUUCUUGUUUUUCCUCACACCUGGUUUCAAUUCCCUCAAUUACUUGUUGUGUAUUUAACCCUCUGUUCCCCCCAUGUCUUUGUGUGGGAUUGUUUAUUGUAGUGCUUGUUGUGUAUUUAACCCUCUGUUCCCCCCAUGUCUUUGUGUGGGAUUGUUUAUUGUCGUGCUUGUUGUAUAUUUAACCCUCUGUUCCCCCCCAUGUCUUUGUGUGGGAUUGUUUAUUGUAGUGCUUGUUGUGUAUUUAACCCUCUGUCCCCCCCAUGUCUUUGUGUGGGAUUGUUUAUUGUCGUGCUUGUUGUGUAUUUAACCCUCUGUCCCCCCCAUGUCUUUGUGUGGGAUUGUUUAUUGUCGUGCUUGUUGUGUAUUUAACCCUCUGUCCCCCCCAUGUCUUUGUGUGGGAUUGUUUAUUGUAGUGCUUGUUGUGUAUUUAACCCUCUGUCCCCCCCAUGUCUUUGUGUGGGAUUGUUUAUUGUCGUGCUUGUUGUGUAUUUAACCCUCUGUCCCCCCCAUGUCUUUGUGUGGGAUUGUUUAUUGUAGUGCUUGUUCCCGUUCCCCGUGAGCGCACGACGGGUUAUUUUUGUGCCUAUUUAUUUUGUUCUGGAUGCCGUUGGUUUUGCUUAAUACAUCUCCGGUUAUCACCCAGUUCUGCUCUCCUGCGCCUGACUUCUCUGCUGCCAAUUACGCACCCGCUACAAUGAAGGCCUAAUUCACGCAGUCUCUUAUGAACAGUUGAUGUUGAGAUGUGUCUGUUACUUGAACUCUGUGAAGCAUUUAUUUUGGCUGCAAUUUCUGAGGCUGGUAACUCUAAUGAACUUGUCCUCUGCAGCAGAGGUAACUCUGGGUCUUCCUUUCCUGUGGCGGUCGUCACGAGAGCCAGUUUCAUCAUAGUGCUUGAUGGUUUUUGCGACUGAACUUGAAGAAACUUUCAAAGUUCUUCACAUUUUCCAUAUUGACUGACCUUCAUGUCUUAAAGUAAUGAUGGACUGUAGUUUCUCUUUGCUUAUUUGAGCUGUUCUUGCCAUAAUAUGGACUUGGUCUUUUACCAAAUAUGGCUAUGUUCUGUAUACCACCCCUAACUUGUCACAACACAACUGAUCGUCUCAAAGCCGCUAAGGAAAAGAAAUUCCGCAAAUUAACUUUUAGCAUGGCGCACGUGUUAAUUAAAAUGCAUUCCAGGUGACUACCUCACGAAGCUGGUUGAGACAAUACCAACAGUGUGCAAAGCUGUCAAGGCAAAAGGGUGGCGACUUUGAAGAAUCUCAAAAAUUUUUGGAUUUAUUUCACACUUUUCUGGUUACUCCAUGAUUCCAUAUGUGUUAUUUCAUAGUGUUGACCUCUUCACUAUUAUUCUACAAUGUAUAAAAUAGUAAAAAUAAAGAAAACCCCUAGAAUGAGUAGUGUCCAAAGGUUUGACUGGUACUGUAUAUAUACACAGUAUUAUGAUUAUCCACACUAGUAUUGAAGACAUCUGCAAAAAGUAUAUAGUGUCCAAUAUUUUGACUGAUACUGUGCACAAAAUAUAAACACAACAUGUAAAGUG